GGCUUUUUUUUUCCUUCUAAAACUAUAAAAGCCUUCAAUCCCUUGUUUGCCUAAAACCAUACCUGGGAAAUAUCCCGCAUCACUCUUUGCCUGCGAUUUAGUGGCAGCAGUAGCAGUAGUAGGAGAGAAUUUCCAGUUAUAUUAGAGAAAACAAUGUCGAGGCCACGGAUCUCAAUAGCUUUGGUAACCCUAGCUCUGUUCUUCUUCUUCGCAUCGGCCUUAGCUGACGACGUCGUCGUUUUGACUGAAGAGAAUUUUGAGAAAGAGGUCGGUCAAGAUCGCGGGGCUCUCGUCGAGUUCUACGCUCCUUGGUGUGGGCACUGUAAGAAGCUUGCUCCAGAGUACGAAAAGCUCGGUGCUAGUUUCAAGAAAGCUAAAUCUGUUUUGAUUGGAAAGGUGGACUGCGAUGAGCAUAAGAGCCUUUGCAGCAAAUAUGGUGUUUCUGGCUACCCCACCAUCCAAUGGUUUCCGAAAGGUUCCUUGGAGCCCAAAAAGUAUGAAGGUGCACGAUCUGCAGAAGCCCUUGCUGAGUUUGUGAACAGUGAAGGAGGGACAAAUGUCAAGAUAGCUGCAGUUCCUUCAAAUGUUGUGGUACUUACUCCAGAAAACUUUGAUGAGAUUGUGCUUGAUGAGAAAAAAGAUGUUCUGGUUGAGUUUUAUGCCCCCUGGUGUGGUCAUUGCAAAAGCCUUGCUCCCACUUAUGAAAAGGUGGCUACAGCAUUUAAGUUGGAGGAUCAUGUGGUUAUUGCUAAUGUUGACGCAGACAAGUACAAAGAUCUUGCUGAGAAAUAUGGUGUAAGUGGUUAUCCUACAUUGAAGUUCUUCCCAAAGGGCAAUAAAGCCGGCGAAGAUUAUGAUGGUGGUCGCGAUUUAGACGACUUUGUUACUUUCAUCAAUGAGAGAACCGGCACCAGCCGUGAUGCAAAAGGACAAUUAACUUCCCAGGCUGGUAUUGUUGAAUCCCUUGAUAUUUUGGUGAAGGAGUUUGUAAGUGCUUCAGAUGAGGAGAAGAAGUCAAUAUAUACACGGCUGGAGGAUGAAGCCCAGAAAUUGACGGGUCCCUCUGCAAGAUAUGGGAAAAUCUAUCUGAAAGCUGCCAAGAGCUGCUUGGAAAAAGGUGCAGAUUAUGCUAAGAAUGAAAUUGAGAGACUUGAACGUAUGCUUGCUAAGGCAAUAAGUGCAGCAAAGGCUGAUGAGUUCAUCCUGAAGAAGAAUAUCUUAUCUACAUAUGCUUGAAAGCAUAGGAAUUUCAGUAUGGUAAUUCAUGUAGAAGCUGGUUGCCUGGAGAUGUAUUCAUGUAUUCGUCUGCCAUCCAGGCUUUCCCAACACUUGGGAAUUGUAUCAUCUUGUUACUCUUAAUUUGCUUCUUUUUUUGGCAUUUCCAUGCCUGAAGUAUGUUUAGAAGGUAGAUUUGGGAAAAAAUGGAACAUUUUGCAGUUUUACGAGCAGGAAUAACACAAAUAUUUAACGUAGGAAAUGCUUAUUAUGACUUUGACUUUUGAAUGAGACGGCAUCCUGCUUCCGCAAGACA